CAGAUACACUGCUUGAUGCUAUCGAUGGAAACGGGAAACUACACAAUUGUGACAGAGUUCAUUAUUUUGGGAUUAACAGAGGAUCCUACAGUUGGUGCUAUUUUAUUUGUUAUGUUUCUGGCAAUCUAUGUUGUCACUCUCAUGGGAAAUAUCAGCAUAAUCAUAUUAAUCAGAAGCAGCCCUCAGCUUCAUACUCCAAUGUACCUUUUUCUCUGCCAUUUGGCUUUUGUGGACAUUGGGUAUUCCUCAUCAGUCACUCCUGUCAUGCUCAUGGACUUCUUAAGGGAGGAAACAGCUCUUCCUGUUAUGGGCUGUGUAGCUCAACUCUGUUCUGUGGUCAUGUUUGGGACAGCUGAGUGCUUCUUGCUGGCUGCCAUGGCCUAUGAUCGCUAUGUGGCCAUCUGUUCGCCCCUGCUGUACUCCACUCAGAUGUCCCCUAGAAUAUGUAUGAUCUUGGUGGGGAUCUGCUACCUAGGUGGGUGUGUAAAUGCCUGGACCUUUACUGGCUGUUUAUUACGUCUGUCCUUCUGUGGACCAAAUGUAGUCAACCACUUUUUCUGUGACUAUUCACCACUGUUAAAGCUUUCUUGUUCUCAUGAUUUUACUUCUGACAUCACACCAGCCAUCUCCUCUGGCUCCAUCAUUGUGAUCACAGUGUUUGUCAUAGCUGUCUCCUAUGUCUACAUCCUCAUCACCAUCCUGAAAAUGCACUCCACCAAGGGACAUCACAAGGCCUUCUCGACCUGCACCUCCCACCUUACUGCAGUCACUCUAUACUAUGGGACCAUUACAUUCAUUUAUGUGAUGCCCAAGUCCAGCUACUCCUCUGACCAGAACAAGGUGGUGUCUGUGUUCUACACGGUGGUGAUCCCCAUGUUGAAUCCUCUCAUCUACAGUCUCAGGAACAAAGAGGUCAAAGAGGCCCUGAAAAAACUGAUGGCUAGAAUACACUGA